AUGGCACCGCAAAAGAUGUCCGAGGGCAAAAUCAUCGCCAUCUACGACAUCGUCUGGAAAGUUGAGAUCAACUCCAACGGCGAAACGCAAGUCCACACCCAGUACGGCGGCGAGCGAGUGCAGUUUCGGAGACGGACUUCCCCAGCAGACAUCUCCUCCCCGUCGCGGGAUUCCAGUGGACACGAGCAGCAUCCGUACACGGCGAUCCUCAAGUACGGGACCUACGAAGCCAUCUACCCCUGUCCCUCCACCAUCUUCCGCAACUUCGAUAUCCUCAACCUUCCUUCCGGAAGCCAGUUCUUUGCGGCCUUGCCCCCCAUCAGCGCCAACGGGUCCCUGGCGUUGCGGUUCGUCGAUACCUACGAUGACGAGGGCCUCCCGUUUAUGUGUUUCCGGAUCAGCAGAACGGUCGGGAUAGAGGAGCGGAGCGUGAUCGGCUGGGCGAAAAGAAGGGAGUAUGAUGACGAGAGUGUGGAUCCGGAUAAUCUGACGAGCUUGAGCUUUCGGGAGAAGGAGAAGUUGGCGAGGAGGGAGGAGAUUGCCAUGUUGAGAUUGGAGGGCGUUGAGGAGGGUGAACUGCAGGGUUAA